AUGGCUUUCACCCAUCUCCGACGUCUCCACCUCAACAAUGUCAAUACUUUGCGAACCUCCCCCCUCGCCGAGAUCUCGGGGGCUCUUGGAGACUUAGGCACUCUCCUGCCGCUCAUGAUAGCUCUAGCGAUCAACAACUCCAUAUCACUCUCCACAACUCUUGUAUUUUCAGGCCUAUGGAACAUAUUGACAGGAAUAGCCUUCGGAAUUCCGCUACCUGUCCAGCCUAUGAAAGCUAUUGCAGCUAUAGCAAUAUCCAGAAAGUUCUCCAUCGAAGAGACCAUCUCCGCCGGUUUUACAACGUCGGGCAUCGUCUUCAUCUUCAGCAUAACCGGCCUGCUACGAUGGUUCACACACGCCAUUCCCACGCCCGUAGUAAAAGGAAUCCAAGUCGGCGCGGGCCUAAGUCUAGUUCUCUCAGCCGGAAGUACUCUUCUCCAGCCUCUAGGAUGGACAACUCCAAACGCAGGGGAUAAUCUCCUAUGGGCGCUCUUCGCCUUCCUCCUUCUCCUCGUCACGCAAAACUUCCCUCGAUUUCCAUACGCGCUCCUCAUUUUCCUCCUCGGCCUAGGAAUAUCAAUAUCCAUCGCGGGGUCGCAUAACCUCCCCUCCUUCGCCCUCUGGCAUCCACACACCUUCCUCCCAUCUUGGCCAGCCCUCCGCACCGGUGCCCUUGACGCAGGUCUUGGCCAAAUCCCCCUCACAACACUAAACUCCAUCAUCGCCGUCUCCUACCUGUCCUCUGAUCUGCUCCCGCACAUCCCAGCGCCAGGGGUAACGUCAAUUGGUAUUAGUGUCGCGCUCAUGAAUUUGAUAGGGGGCUGGUUCGGAGCCAUGCCCGUAUGUCACGGCUCGGGCGGUCUCGCAGCGCAAUAUCGUUUUGGUGCUCGUAGUGGAGCGAGUAUUAUCAUCCUCGGGAUAUUCAAGAUGCUUCUUGGUUUGCUAUUUGGGGAAACUCUAGUAGAGCUUCUGCGAGUAUAUCCAAAAGCGCUCUUGGGGGUUAUGGUACUUGCCGCGGGGUUGGAGCUAGCUAAAGUUGGCGAGAGUUUGAAUUAUGGUGCCAGGGAUUUAUGGGAAGUGUCGGAAUCUACGAAUGAGGGGGGAAGUGCAACGGGGUUGAAAAUGCAGCGGGACUUGUCGGAUGAGGAGAGGAAGCAGAGGUGGAUGGUCAUGUUUAUGACGGUUGGGGGGCUGCUCGCAUUUAGGAAUGAUGGCGUUGGGUUUGUGGCUGGGAUUUUGUGUCAUUUGGCUUAUCGGUGGCCAUCCAGGUCAUCGCUUAUUUGGGAAGGGCUAAUGACCAAGCUGAAGGAUAAUAGGAACAGGAGGUGGAGAAGGUCAGCAGCUGCUGGUGAGGAAGAGCAGCCGUUGUCAAGCACUGCUUAG